AUGGCUAAGCAAACACAAGUACCUGCAUCUCAAAUUAUUGAACUAGUUAGACAGCCAAGAGGUCCACCACCUUUAUUACAAACAAAAGAAGCCUUUUCAAAAACCUCAUCAGGAAUAAUUAUAUUCAUCAAAUCAAAAGCUAGAAUGGAUAAAAUAGAAUUAAAAGUAGAUAAAAUCAGUCAAAUGACAUCUCAAUUUAGGAAGAUGAUGCUUGAUAACAAAAAACCCAUAAUAAUGAGAAUGAAGAAGGUGGAUAUAAUAAAGAAGAGAAUAAAUGGCAUGCUUCAUCUUAGUCAGAAAAAAAAUCAGGAAAAAGAAUCAAAAUCAAAUGAAUGGUUUUUGUCAUUGCAAUACUUGCAUUGUAAUAUAAAUGAUCUAUUGAUUACUAAUUCCUUUUUAGAUAACAUAAGUGAAUUUGGAAAAGUAAAUGAUGCAACAAUUAAUACCUUGAGGUGGAAAGCUGAUAAGCCUUUUGACUUUGCUAUAAAGGCUACUGAAAAUUUUGCUUAUAUUAAUAAUGGUGAACCUGAACCAAUGUUAUGUUUAGGUAUAACAUGGAUUCGAAAAGCUACAGAGAUUAAUAAACUAGAGCAACAAGUUUUAGAUAUGUAUAAUGAUGUUUCUAAAAUUAUUCAUAGAUAUACAGAUGACAUAAAAAAUGCAUUAAUGGUUAUUAACAGCUACUUACACAAAGGUGAAUUUAUUGUAUUUGAUCUAGAUAGGCCUAAAAAUGAUCCACUUGCAAUUUGGCUAAGGUUUAAUACUUCACUAGAUUUGCAAAAAGAAAUAGAGUUACAGCAAAUGCGCAAAAUAAAAAACAUAUUAUCUGCUGAACCCACUUCAUAG